AUGGCUUCAUCAGAAAUCGAAAUCGUGUCAGAAUCGGCUGACCAGAAACCCUCCAAUCGGAACCCUAAUGAACUCCAGAUAAUAGACAUUUAUUCAGCCUCUGCGUACGGAGACUUCGAGAAGCUCCGGCACUUUGUCGAAAACGAUGGCGUUUCGGUUUCCCAACCUGACGGAAAUGGCUACUAUCCCCUACAGUGGGCUGCCCUCAACAAUUUCGCUGACGUUGUUCAGUACAUAAUUGAGCGUGGAGGUGAUGUGAAUGCUUCGGAUAAUGCGGGGCAAACGGCACUGCACUGGGCAGCGGUUCGUGGUUCAAUUGCAGCAGCGGACACGCUGAUGCAGAAUGGAGCGCGUGUUGAGGCUGCUGAUGUUAAUGGUUAUCGGGCGGUUCAUGUAGCAGCACAAUAUGGGCAAACAACAUUUCUGAAUCACAUCGUUGCUAACUAUCAUGCUGAUUUUGAUGUACCUGAUAAUGACGGGAGGACUCCACUUCACUGGGCUGCAUACAAGGGAUUUGCUGAUACUAUUAGAUUACUUCUGUUUAGAGAUGCCUGCCAAGGGAGACAAGAUAAAGAAGGCUGUACACCUUUGCAUUGGGCUGCAUUGAGAGGAAAUGUGGAGGCGUGCACUGUACUUGUACAUGCUGGCACAAAGCAGGAAUUGAUGGUAAAAGAUAAAGCAGGAUUCACACCUGUAGAGCUUGCUUCUGAUAAAGGUCAUCGGCACGUUGCACAAUUCCUUUCCAGUGCAUGCCGUGCUCAGACAAAGAAUAUGGAAGACAGAGUUUGCAUCGGAAAAGGCAGGACGAUUGGUUUUGCCCCAAUUCUCUUCAGUCUAGUGGUUAUUAAUAUCAUUCUCUUCAUUAGCUCAGUUCUUUUUGCUCCUAGUCUUACAAAGGUUACAGCUGUUGUUGGACUUUGGGGAUGGACGGCUGUUUCUUUAGCAGUGGGUGCGUUACUCAUGUUGGUGCGCUGCAGUAGUAAAGAUCCUGGUUAUAUAAAGAAAGGGGUGGAUAGCCAUUCUGAUGUGGAGGAUCCUUUAUUGAACACUGAUUUGAAUAAUAACCCCAUUUGGACGGGAAACUGGUCUCAAUUGUGCCCUACAUGCAAGAUAAUAAGACCUAUUCGCUCCAAGCACUGUCCGACAUGUAAACGCUGUGUGGAACAGUUUGACCACCAUUGCCCCUGGAUCUCAAACUGUGUGGGGAAGAGGAAUAAACGGGACUUUUUUGUUUUUCUUUGCUUGGGGACAUCAACGGCAUUUAUUGGUGGGAUUGUUGCCGUUCAAAGAAUUUGGACAUCUGUACCAGCAUUGGCAAGGGAAGAAACAUGGCUUCAUCACACUGUUUUUAAUUAUCCUGGGAUUAUUUCUUUCCUGGUCAUGGAUGCAGCUAUCUUUAUUGCUGCUGCAACUUUAUUGACGGUUCAAGCAACCCAGAUUGCUCGGAACAUCACCACAAAUGAAUUGGCAAAUGCUAUACGUUAUGGAUAUCUUCGUGGUCCAGAUGGGAGGUUCCGCAACCCAUAUAAUCAUGGGUGCUGGAAAAAUUGCUCGGAUUUCUUCAUAAAUGGCUACACAGAUGAUGACGAGAUUGCUUGGCCUCCUUUGCAACAGGUUGCCAGGUAG